AUGCAUUUUUCGCGACAUGGGGUACCCGAUUACGUAGUUUCUGACAACGGUCCUCAGUACUCAUCCUCAGAGUUCCGAAGAUUUGCAGUAACGUGGAAGUUCACUCAUAUCACCACCUCACCACACUAUCCACAAGCUAAUGGGAUGGCCGAAAGCGCAGUCAAAACCUGCAAGACUUUAAUGAAGAAAGCUCUUCUGUCUCAAUCCGAUCCAUAUCUUGGUUUAUUGGAUCACCACAACACCCCCACUGCUGCGACAGGUAUGUCUCCAUGCCAACGACUUUUUGGUCGCCGAACUAAGACACUUCUACCCUUCUCAGAGUCUUUACUCAAGACUGACCAAACAGUUAGUGAUCUUCUCAAAAGGGAUCGUGUCAAGCAAGCGAAACAUUUCGACCAACAUGCUAAACAACUCUCAGAACUCAAAUCAGGUGACAUAGUGCGCAUGAAGAUGCCUGGAGAAACAAAGUGGUCAAAAGCAGUUGUUUCUUCUAAAGUGGCAUCUCGCAGUUACAAGGUUGAAGUCAAUGGUAGAUUCUACAGGCGUAAUCGCAAGCAGUUGCGUUCUACCAUGGAACCACUUCAAGAAACCCCCUUCAAAAUGGACGAAGAUGACCUGACCGUUCCAGACAAUCUGCAGGAACAGGACCAACCCCCUCCAGCAAGUUCUCAAGUAGGAACAUCCAUGUCCCCUCCAAGAUCUCAACUACCCCCAACACCUCAAACAGAGCUGAGUAUUCAUGAAAUGAAUGAUUUGAAAGUGAAUUUGUCCACGAAAGGUUUUAGUAUCUAG